AUGGAGAGGAUCACGUCCAAUGGAGGGGAGCAUGUCAACCCCGCAUAUGACGCCACCCUGGAUGGACCCCCGAUGUAUGAUGAGCCUAACCUUUCUAACGGGGACCACCGCACCGUAAGGCCCUCGGUGGUCAGCGCCUUUGGUCAUGACACUCUGGAUCGGGUGCCCAACAUAGACUUCUAUCGAAACAAAGGCAGUGUAAGCGGUCACCGGGCUGUGCGACCAUCCCUGCAAGAGCUUCAUGAUGUGUUUCAGAAGGUAAGAGCAUGCAUGUCUGUAAGGGAAGUUUCCACAAAUCCACUGCACGUCUCUUUGCGUUGUCAUUAUUUUUGUCUGUCACAGAUGGUCCCCACCCUUAUUUUCUGAUAUACUAACCAUGUUCACCCUUUAUUUAGGAAGAUUUUUACCUUUUUUUACUCCUUGAGACUCAAAUCAAGUCCCUAACCCUGCAUCUUCUCUCCUCUCACCAAGCUUAAAGACUUGAGAGAGUGAAACAAUAAAUUUUACAGUUGUUUAGCCCUCGUCCACAGUUCAGGUGUUAAAUCAUCACCUCAAGACUUGUUAAACUUGAGAGGACACCGAAAGUUAUUUCUGGAACACAACCGCAAUGUACACGCUUGACACACUUGAGAGUUUUUAGUGCUUUUUAUUGGGCCGUUAUACCACUGUGGGUUGCGAAAGAGCUGAGGUUAACGGUCACCAGUAGUCUUCCUUAGCACGAAAUGACAGGAAUUACGUCCGUUCUCAUUAAAGCCAGAGUGAUAAUAUAAUAUGUGUGUGGAAGGCAGCCAAUUAUUCGACUUAUAAUUUAAAGAUGUGUCACCGAGCAGCGAUUCAAUAAUCACACAGAUUUUUCAGGAAAAUUAAACACUAAAUACCCCUACUUUCAAUCUUUUAUCUUUUAAAUGUGUUUAAUGUAUUUGUGUAACACCUUUGAUGGAUAACUUACAUGUUUUAAGUUGUCUGAACGCCUCCGUCACAUCAUUUUCUAUAAACACAGCCCCCUCGCCGAUGCAUUAAAAAGGCUAUAACUCAAUGGAAAACCAAUUUCUUUAGUAAAUGAGAAUAAAAGGCCUCACUAAAUCAGAUUUCAGAGCAUGAGUGGGGCAGGAGAGUCAUUUAAAAGUCAGUUUUCAUCUUCACAGAAAGUUAAAACUCGGUAUGCCAUCUUCUCUCCAUUUUUUUCUCUCAGUGUGCAGUAACAGACACAAAGCAACAUAAUAUCUCUGCAGACACGUAAUUUAUUUACCUCAAAAAUCAAACCACAUUUCAGGAGAAAGCCAAACACACAGUGGUGCAUUUCAAGUAGGGCAGAAAAAACUGCUAGGAAAACCUUGACAUGAAAUAUGAAGUGUUUGCUGCUGUGUUUAUGUGUUUGUUUUUUUUAUUGUUAAGAGAUCCCAGUUUCAGCGUGUCUCCGUCUCUGUAUAUAAGAAAAAGUAAUAAAAUAAAGAACAAAGGAAGAAAUAAAUCAAGGAAAAACAGAAAACAAUAAUCAUGACAAAAAUCCAGUAAUGUUUCUCUAGACUGACUUAAAUGUUUCUCCUCUGUUUGAACAUUUGCCACCAGAAUGGAGCGAUCUCAGUGCCAGACACCGUGCAGGACGAUGGCGAGGGCAGCAGCGGGACCCCCUCUGAAGACCUGGAGUCUGCCAUCCCCAUUAAGGCCGCUAAAGGAGCUGUAAAGUUUGGCUGGAUAAGAGGAGUCCUGGUGAGUUCAGUUGGGCCAUGACGGGCUCCCUCUGCUUUAUAGGUGCAGGGUCAAUCCUCAUAACUGUGACCCGGUAGGACGGGGGCUCUGUGUGACCCUGUAACACAGCGGUGGCCAAAUGGAGCUGUCAACACCUUUCAGAGAUCGGGUGUGAUUUGCAUUUUCUCAGGAGCUGCUGGUUGAUCAUUUGUGCAAAUGAAAAAAGGCAUAAAUGUUUAAAAGAAAAAGACUUCCUAUGAGCAUGAAGCCUUAAGUGCUUUACUCAGGAACAAACAAAAAGAAAUUAGGAUUCAAACUUGGAUUAUAAUAGAUCAGAUUUGCAGGAUUAAAUAUGAUAAUGAAUUAAAUUUAUGAAAUAUUAGAAUCAACUGAAAGAAAAAGGAAAACUACAUAAAAUCCAGGGAUAGUUGGAUAAAAGGAAUGAUAACAACUCAGAAUAAAGGUGGCAACAUUUCACCACAAAGUAUGUCUGAGUGUAACUGGCCUAGCUGUCUAUGUGAACCCCCCAUAAAGGUGUUAAAGGCAAUCAAAGCCCCAAAGUGAGUCUAUAUUUUUAAGUGUUUGUUCCUUUUAAAUCACCAUAAGUCACUUUGAUAAUGCUGCUAAAAAAGUUUUCCAACAAAGUUACAGAUGUCGGGGCCUUUGAUUAAAAUGAAAACAAAAGUUUACUAUCCAUGUGUUUAGUGUGCAGUGCUGCAUCUUAGCGCCUUAUUUAACAAUGGAAUAAAUCACUACCAACACUGAGGGCUUUCACACUUCUUCUUCUCCACAGGUGAGAUGCAUGCUGAACAUCUGGGGUGUCAUGCUGUUCAUCCGUCUGUCUUGGGUUUUUGGACAGGCAGGCUGGGGUACGUAGGCUAAUUUCUUCCUCUUUUUUUAUACAACAGUAAAGCUGUUUUCUUAUUCAGCUCAGGGUAGGCUGGAAUGAUGGCUCAAAAUUGCCGUCAGAAAAACACCAAACUUUGUAAAUGAAGAAAAAUGAAAUUUGCUUCAGAGCCCCUCUUUAUCAGUUCAAAGAUAUCCCUCCCCGUUGAAGCGGAGUUAUUUCCAGCUCGAUAUCGUUGUCUAGAGCAAUAACAGAUCCAGCAUGUCUGCGUACAGAAAAUUAAGGGAGCUGUUCCCAGUAAUUCCAGGGACUCUGGGGGCAUUUAAAGGAUUAUAUAGACCUCCACUCAUUAGCAAGGAGUGAUUGAAUUGGGCAGAUUGGACUGAACAGGCCUUUCUGAGCUACCAUAAUGAUCUAAACUUGCUGAAGAGCUAUUCUGAGAGCCAGCCGACUAUAAGCAGAGCAGUUUGUGUGCGUCAGUGUGUGUGUGGUGAUGGAAGCGAGGGGGACACUGUGUGAAAGGCUUCAUGAGUGUGUUCAUUGCUUAAGAAUGUAUCGAUCAGCAGGGUAUUUUGUUCAGGCUGCGUAACUAAAUGGUUUUGAGAAGCAGAGCGAGCUGCAGGCAGCAGGCAGAGCAGGUCCAGCAGACAGCUUUAACUUUCAGCCUCCGGGCUCCACAGGGACUUUGACUCUGUCUGUUUUUAAAGGCGACCAUAGGGACUAGGGUUUCAUUUCACAAUCACUCUGUUUUAUGACUGACUGCUGAAACAUAACGCCUCAAUGUAAGCUGCAGUUCAAAAAUGUAGCUGUUAUUUGUUUGUGUUGCAGGUCUGGGUAUGGUGGUCAUUGGUCUCAGCUGUGUGGUCACAACCAUCACCGGCCUUUCCAUGUCUGCCAUCUGCACAAACGGUGUGGUUAGAGGAGGUAAGAAAAUGCAGCACCAGCCCUCAUCAAAUACUUUUAUGCAGGCAUUUCCCCUGUUACAGAUACUCAUACAGCAGAGUCACAGCAGCUGGCGGCAGCAGUUUAAACAUUAUUUAUACCAGCAUAUAGCCUGAGAUAACCCACAUUCAUCCUGACAUAAAAUCUUUUACUGAGACAAUGAAAUGACCAGAGGACAGCGUGCAGAUAAAGACACAAGGCUCAAUGUCAUUCCUCAAAGCCGUUUCUUUGUUUAACCUAACUUUCUGACAUUAAAUCAAUAAAUCGGUGAUAUGGAGAUUAAUCAUCCACUGCUGCAUGUAUCUCAUUUUCUCUUUUCAGGAGGUGCAUACUACUUAAUAUCCCGAAGUUUGGGGCCAGAGUUUGGCGGCUCAAUUGGCCUCAUUUUUGCCUUCGCCAACGCGGUGGCUGUGGCCAUGUAUGUGGUGGGAUUUGCUGAGACAGUGGUGGAUCUGCUAAAGGUGUGUGUUGUUAUUAUGAUCCUGAAGAAUUUGAAGAAGUUACAUUUCCAGAUUUUUAAUGAAGCACUUAUUUGUUUGUUUUUUUCGUUGUCCUGUCUGUCAUUCUCAGGAGAAUGACCUUCUCAUGAUAGAUCCAUUGAAUGACAUCAGGAUUAUUGGCUGUAUCACAGUGGUGGUGUUGUUGGGAAUAUCAGUAGCUGGAAUGGAGUGGGAGGCCAAGGUAGGGGAAGAAUAUUAUGCUAAUUGUUUGCCAGCCUCUAGUUCGUCCACAAUUUUAAUCAUUUUUACCCUAACAGGCACAAAUCGUCCUUCUCUUCAUCUUGCUGGCAGCCAUUGUGAAUGUAUUUGUUGGAACAGGCAUACCUGCAACUAACCUCAAGAAAGAACAAGGCUUCUUCAAUUAUGACUGUAAGACAACCUUCUCACCAAAUUAAUGACUUAAUUCUUUCUGAAACGUAGAGAUUUGACUCCCUGUUUUUUCACUAUCUCUAUCACAGCCAGGAUCUUCCUAGAGAAUUUUGCGCCGGCAUUCAGAGGCUCUGAAACAUUCUUCUCUGUGUUUGCCAUCUUUUUCCCUGCGGCAACUGGGAUCCUGGCCGGAGCCAACAUCUCAGGCGACUUGAGGGUAACUUUUUUCAAUCAUGAGCUGCUCCGGCACAUUUGUUUUUGUGCAUCCCAUCCUCAGUAAAUCCUGGGGGAGCUGUUUAUUUACAUGCUCAUUCUUCUACAUCUGUGAUUCAGACAUAAGUUAUCUCAUGUUGCCUGUUGUCUGAAUUAUGACUAAAACAAUAAUGUUUCUUUUCUACAGGACGCCCAGGCUGCCAUUCCUAAAGGCACCUUGCUGGCCAUCUUAAUAACUGGUAUCACCUACCUGGGUGUAGCACUGUGUGUCUGUAAGUAUGAUAAUCUAUGGAAGCACAUGGUUGUGAUGAAGAUUGCAUGACAGUAUAUUUCUGGUUGGAUACUAAGCUUUUCAUCUGUUCUUCCCUUUGAUUGGUCAGCUGCCUCUGUUGUCCGCGAUGCCACAGGAAACGCCACUGACUUCAUCAACCAAACACUAAAUGUUCAGUGCAAUGGUUCAGCCGCCUGUGAGCUCGGUUAUGAUUUCUCUGCCUGCCAAGUGGUGGAAUGCAAAUAUGGCUUGAUGAACAACUUCCAGGUGCGCUAUCCUUCAGACUUUAAUGUUAACAUAGAGAGAUUGUUUUUUUUUUUUGAGUGUCUUAUGCUCUCCUCCUCCUCUUUCUCUGGUUCAGGUCAUGACCAUGGUGUCUGGAUUUGGUCCCCUCAUCAUCGCAGGAACAUUCUCAGCCACACUUUCAUCCGCUCUGGCUUCACUUGUCAGCGCUCCAAAAGUGUUCCAGGUCAGUUCCUCAGCCAUAACUUUUCUGUCUGCAAAGUUUUUUGGGGGGACUGGACCUGAAAGUCAAAGUCCCUGCUGCUCACAAAGAGCUUUGUAAAUCUGAAUUUUCUUUUGACGCCCCAGACUCAUGAAAUACUCUGAGGGAAAACUCAGUGUCCUUUUGAGAAGAAAUAAAGGUUUAAAUGAAUGAAUGAAGAAAAUACAUCUGAUUCAAGCUUUGUCUCUUCCCAGGCUCUGUGCAAAGACAACAUCUACAAGAUAUUGCACUUCUUUGCGAAGGGAGUUGGCAAGAACGACGAGCCAAUCCGUGGCUACGUUCUCACGUUCAUCAUCUCUGUGGCCUUCAUUCUGAUUGGUCAGUCUGAAUGUCAAUCAUGACCUCUUAACAUUUCAACAGAAUGUCAAACUAUCUCAUAAACUUUAUCUUAAAGUUUACUAAUAGACUAAUCAUUCUCUAUUUCCUUAUUUAACUUUAAAACACUGUGAAGUAAUCUGAGUUUGUGCCCGUAGGUGAUCUGAACGCCAUCGCUCCUAUCAUCUCAAACUUCUUCCUGGCAUCUUACGCUCUCAUCAAUUUCUCCUGCUUCCAUGCAUCCUGGGCCAAGUCUCCAGGUGAGUCUCUGCACAGUAGAAAGUAGCUUAUAAAUGGAAAAUUAUGCCAGUAGCUUGAGGGGAUUCUGCUUCUUUUCAGUAAAACAGCUUUAGAUAUAUUAAAGCAAAAUCACCCACUUUCAGACAUUUUCCGGAGUAAACUGAGGUGCUAAAAAUACCUCGCUAGAACCAAAUUUUCCUACAAUCUCUGUAACAUGUGCUUUCUUCUGUCCUACUUCUUCCAGGUUGGCGACCAGCAUAUAAGUACUACAACAUGUGGAUCUCCCUGUUGGGUGCAUUGCUCUGCUGUGGCGUCAUGUUUGUCAUCAACUGGUGGGCCGCUCUCCUCACAUACGUCAUUGAAAUCCUCCUCUACAUCUACGUCACAGUCAACAAGCCAGGUGAGCUGCCUGGGUAUGUGUGGAAAUUUGUUUAUGAAGAAUGCAACGGAGGAUCUAACAUGUCUCAUUUUUGUCUUCAGAUGUGAACUGGGGCUCCUCCACGCAGGCUGUGACAUUUGUCAGCGCAGUUAGCAACGCCCUGUCUCUGUCUGGUGUCGACGAUCACGUCAAGAACUUUAGGUAAAAGUCUGUCAAGUGUCUGUGUUUUUUUAAGAAAGUGCAGCUUGUGUUGAACAGUGACAGAAAAAGAUACCUGAAAAUCAAAUAAGAGACUAAAAACGAAUAAAAAUGAAAAACAAAAAGAGUGAACAGCCGCUGUUGGAGGGAGAGAUGUUGAUUUUGGGUUACGUGAUCGUAAAAGCACAAAUUAAAAAUAUUCUUUUAUCUGUUUUAGACCUCAGAUCUUAGUACUGACAGGUCCAGCACGGAACAGACCAGCUCUACUAGACCUGGCUCACUCCUUCACCAAGACUUAUGGACUCUGUCUCACCUGUGAGGUCUUUGUGGUAAGGUUAUAUUCUAAUUUCAAUACUUGUAUAUGCAAAACAAUGGAACUUACCAUGUCAGCACAUAUUGUUUUUCCUAAACCUUUAUUUAAAUUUCAACCUUCUAUUCAAAUCAAGAUCUGCACAUCAAGCCAAUUUAAAAGGUGCAGACAGCAGACUGCAAGACUGAAUAUUAAGUAAGGAGGAGGGAAAUGCCAGCUGUCUGGAUACCUGAGACAUGAGUUUAGGUUCAGUUGUGUCCUCUGCAUAUGAAAAAAGGUGCAAAAGGAUAUUUUCCUCCAUCUCACGCUCACACACAACUGUCAACUUUGAUUCCUGCAGGGUCCGAAAGCAGAGGCCCUCAAUGACAUGAACGCUAGCAUGGAGAAGAAUCAGCUGUGGCUCCGGAAGACAAAACGCAAGGCAUUUUACGCUGCUGUGGCCUGUGAGGAAUUCAGGGAGGGAACCGACAGCCUUCUGCAGGUCAGUGUGGUCACAAUAAAAACCUCUUUGAAGGAAAAGAAAAAAUAAAGCAUUUAACCCAGAAAAAUCCCCCUCGAUCAAUGUAUAACCCGCAUUUUUUAAAACAGAAUGAGAAGCGGGUUUAUUGUCCCGUUCUUUCCUCACAACACUGAGUUUCUAUUGCUUUGUUAUGACUCAGGCCUGAACCCGUGUUAAGACAGGGCGUUAGUGCAGGAGGAAGAGGAGGGGAGAGUUUAUGGGGAGCAGGAACACAGUCUUAUGGCUCCAGCUAUCGCACUUUCGAGAUAAGGCCUCGGUUCAUUGUCAGGAUUGCUUACUUCAAACAGUGCAGCAGAUUAAAAGCCAUAAUUGAUUAACACUGCCAAGACGAGUUCCUGCAGACAAAGUGAGAUCUGCUGAGUGAUGUGGUCAUAAUUUCUGGCUGUAAAACGGUUUUAUAGUGUUCUUGUCUUUGACAUUUUGAGACUGUUUCAGACUUUUUUUUUUUUUCACCAGUCAAUAGAGACUCGAGGUUUUACAGCUGCAGGGUUACAUGGUGUCUGUGUUGUUCUAGUUAACAGAUUGUGAGUUUUAUCUUAAUUCAAUAAGUGAGUGUCCUGCUUGUCUUUACAGGCUUCUGGUCUUGGCCGCAUGAAGCCAAACACACUGAUGAUAGGAUUCAAGAGGAACUGGAGGACUGCGGGCACAGAGGGAGUGCAGAGCUAUGUGGGAAUACUGCAGUAAGUUACAAAGAAGCUAGAUGGAGCAUUGAUGUACGUGGAUUUAACUGUAAAGAGGCGGUGACCUUAAUCCACUUUCUACUUUGACAGUGACGCAUUUGACUAUGAGUACGGGUCAGUGAUGCUGAGGAUAGAAGAGGGACUUGACACGGCGCACAUUGUCGAAGCACAAGGUUGGUAUUAAAAAAGUCUGUGUGCUUUUAUUAACAGGGAACAACAGCGACAGCAUAACAACGAUUGUGUGUUAGGUUGGGCCAAAUAAGUAACUAAGGAAUAAAAAAAAGAGUGAAUAAAUCAGUAAAUAUUCACAGAAACUAGAAACAGAAAGAAAGACAGUAUACUUUACACUCGCAGUUGUUUACUUCACAGUUUUUCUAGCGUCCGAGUUGAACAGGAGUGGUUCAUUUCAUCUAUGACCAGCUAAACUACAAAAUAAUUAGUGUUUUUAAAAGUUGCACAGUUGUAUUAAUGAGUUAAUGUUCUAUCCUCAUAACAACCUACAAUAACUGAUAAAUAAAUAAGAGUGAUAAGCCAAGGGUACUUUGUUCUAUAGAUUACAAAGUAUUUAUUAAGGUCUGAUAGUGAACAGAUAAGAUACACAACAGCUUCCACUUAACAGCUGCGCCGCUGGAGAAGUCUUGACCAAAACAAGGCGAAUGUCACAUGUCUGAAAUGACUGCACAUCUGUUAUAGGAGGCCACUUGUUUUUCUGUGUCCUUCAGAUGAGAUGCUACAAGCAGAAAAGGACCAAAGGGCGCUGGACAAAGAGCUGAUGCAGAGCGGAGGGAAAUCAAAAGGACUGUUCAGAAAGUCCAGGAACUCAUCUCAACAAGUGCUCACAACCAGAGGUAGCCAUCUCAAAACCUUCAGAAAUACUUCAAUCUACGCUUCUUCUUUUUUUUUAAAGUAACGCUUGCACUGAUAGAUUUUUAGAUAUGUGGUGUCCGUCUUGGUCUCCUCCACACACACUUGUAUUUCCAAUGAGAGAGCAUACAUUUAGCAAAUGAAACCAACGACUCACAUCUCUUUUUUUUGGAGACUUCUCCACACUCCCAUUGAGAAAUAAUUGAAUCAAGCUCUCCAACUAAAGAUGUCUCUGAGGGUGUAAUCCAAUAAUACGGUCCCCUUCGUUCCAGUUUGGAGAGCAUCUCUUAAGAGCAACCCUUUCACCCAGACAGCAGAGGGUGCAGCAGCCGCUCUCUCGAUCAGUCUCUGUCUCUACAUCACACACUCACACAUACACACAAUUGAGCUGCAUCUUGGCAAGCUGCGCUGAUCGUUAGUAUGCAAUCUGGGUGGCACUCAUUGGAACAUUAAACCUGAGAGAUGGCUGUUCCUGCUGAUGUAGGCUCAGCUCUUAAUGUUGAUUAGUGCUAGUUUUCCCAUCCAACUUAACUCUCCACGCUGGCUUGGUGAUUUACACUCGCUCCUGCCAUCCCCCACCUCACCGCUUCCUCCUCCAGCUCUCACUUCUUGUUUCUUUUUCUCUCUCCUUCAGUGUCAGUGUGCGCCCCUCCAUCCCCACAGGUGGCUAAGAUGAAUGAGAAGCUGGUGCAGGCGAGCAUGCAGUUCAAGAAAAAACAGCCUAAAGGCACCAUUGAUGUGUGGUGGCUGUUUGAUGAUGGAGGUACGUGUUGGUUUUUAAUGCCUCAUCUUGCAACCUCACCUACAGGAUAAGAGCGUAUAACAGUAUAACAAUCACAGACUCUCUGAGGAGUACAUCUACCUAUGCUGGACACUUCCCAACCUUCACAUGAAAUAGAGCUCACAGAUCAUUAAAUUUUAAGAUCAAAUUAUAAGCAUUAAAAAAAAGUCAGUCAAGUCAAAUAUUAUAAAUAAAAUCACAGUCUUAGAGCUUUGGUCCGUAAAGGAAAACUACCUCCACAAUCCUGAUGACAAACCACCACAUUCACUUCUUUCUCCUCUCUCAGGUCUCACUCUGCUGCUCCCCUACAUCCUCACCACCAGGAAGAAGUGGAAAGACUGUACCUUAAGGAUCUUCAUCGCAGGGCAGCCCGGACAAACUGAGAAGGAUAGACAGGAGUGAGUAAAAUGUGAAAAAUCGUCAGUCAAGCGUAUCAGUUAACAUUAACUGAAAAUAUUCACCUGCAUUCACAGGAAUACCAAUCUAUGUGUGUUAAUCUGUCUUGCAGGAUGAAAUCUCUGUUACAUAAAUUCAGGAUUAACUGCACCGACAUCAUUGUUAUUGAUGACAUCCAUAUCCAGCCCAGCUCUGACAGGUAACUGACUUCAUUAAUCACUGAAGAGCAGAUGUCGUGACAGUGAUAGUAAAAUGUUUUCACCUCCUGACUGCAUAUUUUGAUUAAAAAAAAGAGGUGGGCUAAUGUUCUUUUCUGCUCUCCUCAAGCUUGAAGAAGUUUGAUGAAAUGAUUGCACCUUUCCGCCUGCGCGAGGGCUCCAAAGACUAUGAAGUGGCUGAAGCCAUGAAGAAAGAACAUCCCAGUAAAAUUACAGAUGAGGAGCUGAGCAGCUUUGAGGAGAAGGUAAAGUGACAGACACAAUAAGUGUAUUAACCUCCAAAUAAAGUUGUUAUUCAAUGUUAAAAAUAAUGUUGCUGUUUUACAGACAAACCUCCAAAUUCGACUUAAUGAGGUGCUUCAGCAGAACUCCAAAUCAGCCAAUCUCAUCGUUGUGUAAGUCAUAUAAAACUCUUGUCUGAAUAGUGUUAACUGAGGAGGAAACAGUGUCUCACAGUCUCUCUGUAAACCUCCUGCAGGAGCAUGCCUAUCGCACGUAAAGGAGCCGUCUCUGACUUCCUCUACAUGGCCUGGCUCGACAUACUGACCAAGGACCUCCCACCCACCCUGCUCAUCAGAGGAAACCACAAGAGCGUGCUGACUUUCUACUCUUAA